AUGUAUUGUCCAAAAGCAUAUGAAAAUGAAAAAAAAAAUGAAGAUUUAGAAUUUGAAAGAAGUCAAUCAACAUUUUCAGUUUCAGAAUUAAAUUUUAUUUUAAAUAAUAAUGAUCAUAAUAUUAUAAAUAUUAAAAAUGAAAUUAAAAAAUUUAUUGAUAAUGAUGAAAUUAUUUCAAAACCACAAGAAAUUCAUUUUUUAUCAAGAGAAGAACAAUAUAAGAGAGCAUUAUAUGUUUCAUCAAAGUUAAUUGAAAUAAAGAAAAGAUUUGGUGAGAUUGGUCGUGAUCAAUAUUAUCAAUCAUUAUUUGAAGAGAUACCAUUCGUUAUUAAUGAUAUUGUAUUUGCAUGUGCAUUUAAAUCAUUAGCAAGUGAUGAACAAAUGAAUAGAUUAUAUUCAAAAUUUGAAAAUUAUCAAUAUUUUGGAUCAUAUUCACAAACAGAGAUUGGUCAUGGUUCAAAUGUUCAAGGAAUUGAAACUACUUGUACUUUUAUUAAAGAAACUGGCGAAUUUGAAUUAAAUUCACCAAAUUUGACAUCAACUAAAUUUUGGAUUGGUGGUUUAGGUAAACUUGCAACUCAUACUAUUGUUUUUGCUCAAUUAUUAAUUCCAUCAAGUAUUGAUGGUAAAUUAAAAAAUUAUGGACCACACCCAUUCAUUUUACAAGUUAGAAGUUUAGAUGACCAUUCACCAUUGCCAGGUGUCACCGUUGGUGAUAUUGGCCCAAAGUUAGGAUUCAAUUCAAUUGAUAAUGGAUUUUUAAGAUUGGACCAUGUUAGAAUACCACGUGAAAAUAUGUUAUCAAGAUUCUUUAGAGUGAAUGAACAAGGCGAAUAUGAGAAACCAAAACAUCCAAAAUUGAUCUAUGCUGGUAUGGUUGGUGUUAGAUCUAGCAUGAUUGAGAAUUCAUUCGUAAGUUUAUCACGUGCUGUUACAAUUGCAAUUCGUUAUUCUACAAUUAGAAAACAAUUUAAAUCAAAUCGUUUAGAUAAACAAGAGAAGAAAAUCAUUGAAUAUUCAAAUCAAAUGAAUCGUAUCAUACCUUAUUUAGCUCAAACUUUUGCUUACUUUUUCACUGGAAAACGAUUUUCAAUUGAAUUUGAUCAAAUGAUGAAAGCUGUAAAACAUAAUCAAGAUACUACACUUCUCUCAGAGUUACAUGCAAAUUCAAGUGGUUUAAAAAGUUUAAUGACUCAAUCAACUUCUGAUGGUAUUGAAAGUUGUCGUUUAUCAUGUGGUGGUCAUGGUUAUAGUCAAUUUAGUGGUUUACCUUAUCUUUGGUCAAAUUAUGUUCAUAUGAGCUCUGCUGAAGGUGAAAGUAAUCUAUUACCACAACAAACUACAAAAUAUUUAUUAACUAUUUUACGUAAAGUUUUAUCUGGUGGUGGUGGUAGUUCUGACACCACCACUGCUGAUGAUGACAAUAAACCAAUUGGUAAAUCAGUUAAAUAUAUAAAUGAUGAAUUUCAAUCAUCAUUUGAAAAUAUAAAUCAAUUCAUUCAAGAGAAAGGUUUAAAUUCAAUAAUUCAUCCAGAUUCAUUAUUACAACUUUUUAAACAUCGUUCAUUCAUUUUAAUCAAAUCAAUUGCUGAAUCAAUUCAAGAGCAAAUGAGUAAUGGAAAUAAAGAUAUACCACAAAUUUGGAGUGAUCUUAAUGUUGAAAUUAAUCAUUGUAGUAAAGCUCAUUGUCAAUUAUAUGUAAUUCAAUCAUUUUAUGAUCAAAUUUUAUUAUUAUCUUCAAAUUCUUCAAGUUGUUCUUCAUCGAUAACCACUGUUUUAAUACAAUUACUUCAAACUUAUAGUAUUUGGAUUAUUAAUUCAAAUUUAGUUGAUUUCCUUCAAGAUCAAUAUGUUGAACUAUCUCAAAUUGAUUUCUUAAAAAAGAGUUUAAUCAAUUUCUAUAAAUUAUUACGUCCAAAUUUAGUACCACUAGUUGAUUCAUUUGAUCUCUGUAAUACUACUUUAGGUAGUGCUUUAGGUUCUUAUAAUGGUGAUGUUUAUUCAACUCUUUAUAAAUGGGCUUCAACUCAACCAUUUAAUAAAAAUUCUUUACCAUUAGGUUUUAAUGAAACUAUUAAACCAUUAAUAAAUAGUAAACUUUAA